UACGAAGUACUAAUUUAUGAGGGGCAUCAUUGCUGGGCCUCCCGACAAAGCCGACACCCGACGGCGCUGUUCAUCGCCAGCAGCCCAGCCCAGCAGCAUCCGAGCGCCAUCUCUCUGCGCAGCUUUCUGCACCACCUCGAGCAGCAUGACUGCCUCCUCGACGUGCGGCGGCACUGACUGCGUGCCCGAGGACGGCAUGACCGGCGCACAGCUGUUCAACAACGGCGACGGCCUCACGUACAAUGACUUCAUCAUUCUGCCGGGAUUCAUCGACUUCCCCGCCGACCAGGUGGAUCUUACUUCGGCUCUCACCAAGAGGAUAACAUUGAAGGCCCCUCUAGUCUCCUCGCCUAUGGACACGGUUACUGAAUCUGAGAUGGCAAUUGCAAUGGCUCUGUGUGGCGGUAUCGGGUUCAUUCAUCACAACUGCACACCCGAGUAUCAAGCGAACGAAGUAAAUAAAGUUAAAAAGUACAAGCACGGUUUCAUCCGAGACCCAGUGGUGCUGAAACCCAACAAUCUUGUGAGUGAUGUGUUGGAGACAAAGAAGGAACAUGGUUUCUGUGGAAUCCCAGUGACGAACACAGGGAAAUUGGGUGGCAAACUUUUGGGUAUGGUCACUUCGCGUGACAUUGACUUUCUGGAAGAAAAGCCCAGCCAAAACACCAAGCUUGAAGACGUCAUGACCAAAAGGGAAAAUCUUGUCGUUGCAUCUGCUGAAGUUACACUAACAGAGGCCAAUGAUGUCCUCGAGAAGUCAAAGAAGGGCAAAUUACCAAUAGUCAACGAUGCUGAUGAAUUGGUGGCAUUAAUUGCUCGGACCGAUCUGAAGAAAGCCCGCUCUUAUCCCGACGCCAGCAAAGAUGACAAUAAACAGCUCUUGGUUGGUGCAGCUAUUGGAACCAGGGAAAAUGACAAGGAAAGAUUACGCCUUCUUGCUGCUGCCGGAGUGGACGUUGUCGUUCUUGAUUCUUCUCAGGGGAACUCCAUAUUUCAAAUGGAUAUGAUAAGGUUUAUUAAACAUACCUAUCCUGAAAUCCAAGUGGUUGGAGGAAAUGUGGUGACUGCUGCCCAAGCCAAGAACCUCAUUGAUGCUGGUGUUGAUGGUAUUCGUGUAGGUAUGGGUUCGGGUUCUAUCUGCAUUACACAAGAAGUUAUGGCUGUUGGAAGGGCUCAAGGGACAGCUGUCUACAAGGUAGCAGAGUACGCAAGAAGAUUUGGUGUACCUGUAAUAGCCGAUGGUGGCAUCCAGUAUGUGGGACAUGUCAUCAAGGCCCUUUCUUUAGGUGCUUCCACAGUUAUGAUGGGCUCCUUAUUAGCUGGUACAUCUGAGGCUCCGGGAGAAUACUUUUUCUCUGAUGGUGUCAGACUCAAAAAAUACCGUGGUAUGGGCAGUUUGGAGGCCAUGAACCGCAAGGAUGCCAAGGGAGCAGCCAUGGACCGUUACUUCCACAAUGAAUUGGACAAAUUGAAAGUAGCACAAGGUGUCAGUGGUGCUAUUGUUGACAAAGGAUCAGUGCGGCGGUUCCUUCCGUACCUCACAUGCGGCAUCAGACAUGGAUGCCAGGACAUUGGAUCACGCAGCCUUUCAGCCCUAAGGUCCAUGAUGUACUCUGGUGAAGUUCGGUUGGAGCGACGUUCAAACUCUGCCCAGCAGGAAGGCAACGUUCACAGCCUCUUCUCAUAUGAAAAGCGGCUAUUCUGACACCCAGAGCACUCAAAUAAUUUGUGAAAUGAUUGUACGCGAUUCGGCUAGGUUUCUAGUCACGUGAUCUUUUAUGAACUCUGGCACUAACCUUAUUCGAGACAAGUGAAAAAUCAUGUGAUUCCCAUGGUUUGAAGUAUGCUUCAUAGAUACUUAAAGUUUCGGGAUUUUAGUUGUAUUAUCUACAAUUAUUACCUUUGGUGCUUUUAUAAAAGGGACUGUUGUCAACCCUUUUAGUUAAAUUAUUUAUACUCAACUGGUGAUUUCAAUGUGCUCUUCAUAUUGCAGUACGGCGAUAAUCAAUAAAAUAUUAUUCAAAGGAAA